GGAUUAGAUUAUAACGAGGGCAUCAGAUUACAAGAUCUUGGAAUUAAAUCAGACAAUAAAUUGAGGGAGGGUUUUUCGAUUGUGUUGAUUAUUAGGUUUGAUACCUCCUUUCAUUGCAACGGUCAUGCAUAUCCUAUCUUACAGAUAUGCUUUAAAAAGCAAUUAAGCAAUAAUUAUUUCAUACGUAUUUGCUUGCCUAUAUAAACCGAGCAGGGUUACCAUCUUUUCUUUUUCACACUGGAAUAGAUAUCAUCCGUCUCGACUUCUCUUGCCUAGGAAUAACUUCAACAUCAGGCCAACCUGUGUUAGCUUCAUGGCCUUGCGACAGAUACAUGAUGUGCAACCUCUUUCAAGUCACAGUAAUUCAGCAGGAACAUGCUCAAAUCAAGAUGAUUUUCGGCAAGCAUUACUAAACUCUAUCAAUGAAACAACAUAUAACAAUUCAAUGACCAAACAAUUAAUAUCAGAGGAAUCUAAACUAGUUGCUGCCAAGAAACACAGCAUGGCUGAGAGUAACCGCCGGAGUCGAAUCAAUACCCAGUUCGCUACCCUUCGUACCAUUCUCCCCAACUUGAUAAAAGUGAACAAAGCAUCAGUGCUUGAAGAAACAAUCCGGUGCGUGAAAGAGCUGACAAAUACAGUGUCAGAAUUGAAAGAAAUAUAUGGUGGUGGUAGAUUGGAAUGUGUAUUUCCUGGUGGGGCUGACAAGUUAAGAAUCGGUUCCUGUAAGGGGAAAGGUCAGGAAGUUGUGAAAGUAGUAUUCAGCUGUGAUGAUAAAAGGAAGCUAUUGUCUGAUGUUGCAAGGGCAGUGAGAUCAGUGAAAGGAAAGGUAGUGAGGGCAGAGAUGGUGACAAUGGGUGGAAGGACCAAGUGUGUUUUGUGGGUACAAGGAAUAAAUGGGAAUGAGGAGUUAGAGAUGCUAAGGAGGGUUCUAAAUGCUCUCACCGAGAAGCCGAAUAUGGCGAGGACAUGUAACAGGCCAAAGCUUACUCUGUUGUGAUAAUUUGUGGUGUAAAAUUUCAUGGAGGCUGUUAUUUAUUGUAAAUUUUAUUUUAUCAAUAGUAGAUAGACAGCAGGAUGCAUGCAUGCUACUCUUAGAUUGUAAACUUAGAAUGGAGAACUAGUUAGUGUAUAUGUAAUGUUUCACAAGAUUUUACUUUUAUUUAUUAAACCCAACAACAAGAAUCUGAGGAAAAAGGCCUGAUGCUUGAUUCUGAAGAGAUCUUCUAUCCCUCCUAUCAGCUGUCUACCAAAUUAUAAUUUUUCAAGCACAAGAAAUUUCAUCUAACCUUUUAUGCCUCUUAAUUAGAUUAGACUACAAGCAUGUAUGUCUAAAUGGCUUUAAAUAAAAACUCAAAGAGGAUACAAUAUGGUUAAUAAUGAGAUGGAUUUUCUCAAUUCCAACCAACUCAAACAUUAUAGGAUAGCUUUCAAAAAUACAUUUUUCCCUGUACAUUGCUUGUGUCUAAGCUUAUCGCUUCAAUGGACAUAUAUAGUCGAUGAGGACUUGAAUUAAUCAGUUCUUCUCCAUUAUAUGCUGCUUUCCUCCAACACAGUUCUCAAACAAAUAUCUCCAUACUGAAAAAAAAAGGUUGCUUUCUUUGUUCGAAUAAGGCUUCUUUUAAACAUUUUUAUUUUAACUGUGGAGUCAUUUUUUCACUUUUGUAAUUGCAAGUUGUCUUUAAUUGUACCAUUACCAUUUUCCAUGAAUCAAUGCGAACCUGGCAGCUUGACAGGUUUUUUGGAUACACUAGCAGCUUCACCACCACCAAUCCACCAUGACUGCUGGAACUAGCUAGUCCCACCUCCACCAAAGGCCACAUUGCCUUCGCUGCCAACACUGCUGAAUACCAUCUUUAUUGCCAUCAUUGUCGUCAACUGCUUUCCACAUACUGCAAACUUAACCAACUAUGUGUUACUGCCUCCUUUCAAAAGCACCUGAAUCCCAUCUUUGCCAAAUUUCCCUUCCUGCCUACAGUGUCCACAGUCACAAAGGUGACAUUACCACUUCCAUCAACUCCACUCCUCAUACCUAAGCUUCCAACUAUUCCAACAACAAUGUCUUCAAACUCUCCCGACCUUCUGUCAAAUUACUUCAGAUGCUACAUUUUCCACCACUGUGCCUCAUAGCUUAUAACUAUUAGAUGGUUCAGGCACCUAACUGACAUGCCAUGGUUAUACGUUGGAGGGUUUUACUUCUAUUUUCACAUCAAGAGGUUUGUGUAUACUGUCCUCAAUUUUUCACUUUAAGCAUAUUCAGUUUCAUUAUUUACUGGUGACAGAUACAAGAAGCUAUCGUUAUUCUUGUCAUACCAUACUUCUGCAAUAAGUAUUUGGAUGAAUAUGGUUUCUUAUGAGUUACUAUACACAUGAUAUUAUAAUGAUUAAACCUAUGGUAUUAAAUCCAUGUGAGUUUUUUUUUUUAAUUGAAAAAUCACAUUUUAUGGUUCAACAUUCUAACACCUUAAAAGAUGCUCAUAUGCAAAUGACAAAAGACCAGAUUAAGGAUCUUGUUUAUAACUGAUUAUUCCUAAGAAAUUUAUGAUAGGGAUCAGGCAGGAUAGAGAAAGUGUGAGGAUUCACUCAGCAUAUCUAAUGGUAUUGUUAGUGUGCGUGAUACUGAUAUUGCAUCAGUUGGCCUCUGUAUGAUGGGGCAAGAGACUAUAGCCAGCAUUAGUAAGACAUAAAAUCAAUUGCAUGCAAAAUAUUAUGUUCCCAGUAAUCCAAAAUGAGAAUAAGAAAUCAAAAUAAAGCCUGAUUUCCACGCAGACUUCAAUUUCUAUCUAAGACAACUCCGUUUUAGUUCAGAUUUAUUGAACAGU